AUGCCUCGUCUGUCAGUCCUCGCCGCCGUUGGCCUUCUUGUCGCCCAAGGCACCGCCAUCAGUGUGAAGCGCGUCGACAAACUGGCUCCCCGCCGUUUCGAUAGCUCGGUGCCCUUCUACGACCACGACUCCAACACACCCAGCGACUGCACUCUGUGGUGGAACUCUGAUGACGGCCUCAGCUGCGACACGGUCCUGAUCAUUGCGGGGAUCUCUGCUGCACAACUGACAGCACUGAAUCCGUCCGUCAAGACGUGCGAGGACUGGAAGCGGACUACUCGCAUGGUAGACAACUGCAACCGCUUCUACAAGGUGGUGGCCGACGACACCUGCACCACCAUCGCUUCCAAGAACGGCGUCACCAUCGCUCAGCUCGUAGCCUGGAAUACGCAAAUCGGUGGCGCUGCCUGCACUGGAAUCUGGGCUGAAUACUACGUCUGCACCGGCAUCAUCGGCGGAUCGCCCACCCAGCCCUCUCCAACAGCCACGCCCAACCCCACGCCGCAGCCCAUCCAGGACGGCAUGGUUGACAACUGCAACCGUUGGCAUCUCGUCAAGGCGGGCGAUACUUGCAGUACCAUUGCCUCGUCCGUGGGUGUUACCGUUGCUCAGCUUGCGGCUUGGAAUAAGGGCAUUGGCGGCACCGCUUGUACUGGUAUGUGGGCAGGUUACUAUCUCUGCACCGGCGUUUCUGGUGGCUCAGGUACGACGCCGCCUCCGGCCAACACCACGCCUCAGCCUAUUCAAGACGGCAUGGUUUCCAACUGCAAGAAGUUCCAUUUCGUCCAGAGCGGCCAGAAUUGUGACUCCAUCUCGAAGCAGUAUGGAAUCACCGUUGCCAACUUCAUCAAGUGGAACCCCGCUGCUGGGGCUAGCUGCACCGGUCUAUGGGCCAAUACCUACGCUUGUGUGGGCCUUUGA